CUUUGUGAGUGUAAGACGAGCCUGAAGACCGAGGUAACCAGACCUGCCAGACCCCGGAGGGAAUCGAACCCUUCAACUCCACGUCACAGGGUGGUCUCUGCUCAUCUCAGAAACCUAAAACAUGGUUGUUCAUAAGGACUGACACGGCUCAUCAGAAACACUGAUGUGUUUACAGUGUCAACAUGUGAAGUGACUGCAGCAGGUUUGUCCCCGAGGCCUCGGCUCAAAGGUAAAACUCUGUCACCUCUCGGCUCCAGGUUGGGUGUGGCCACGUGUUUUAAACCAUCUUUUCUGGUGUAUGAGCCGUGGAUCGACUUCUGCUGUCGACCUACGUUUCAUCAGGAUGUUUUUAUAAAGUGAUGUGGCUGCUCCUCUGCUCAUUACUUCAGGUUUUCCUUGUACUUUCCUUGGAGCCUCAAAUAAUGUUUGGCAUUAAGGGCAGAAAGCGUUUGCUCAUACGAGGCUCCAUACUGUGGAUUUUAUUGGCGAAUGUUAUGGUUUUGCUCUACUGCUACACAGACCAAGCUCACGUAAAGACGGUAGACUCUGAAGAGCAGACUUGUCGUGUCAGCGUGUCCAGACCGCCGGUGCACCAUGUUGUGACCACACCCUUUCACCGGCCGCCGUGCUCACCUAAAGUGAACAUUAUGUUCAUGAAGACUCAUAAAACCGCCAGCAGUACUCUCCUCAACAUUCUCUUUCGCUUUGGCGAGAAACACAAGCUGAAAUUUGCUUUCCCUGAUGGACGUAAUGACUUCUUCUACCCGUCCCCGUUCACGUGUUCCCAGGUCAAGGACUACAAACCCGGAAACUGCUUCAAUGUUGUGUGUAACCACAUGCGUUUUAACCACAGUGAAGUGUCUAAACUCCUGCCUCCAGAUGCAGUUUACAUAACGAUCCUCCGCGACCCGGUCCACCUGUUUGAAUCUUCCUUCCACUACUACCACAGAGCAGUGCCCCUCACGUGGAAACUCACAGACGAGGAUAAACUGGCUGAAUUCUUAAACAAUCCCACAGCCUUUUAUAGCAAAGAAGCAUUUAACUCAUUCUACCUUAAAAAUCUACUAUUUUUUGACUUUGGAUUUGAUAAUAAUCUACAGGCUGAUGAUUCUCAGGUGACAGAGGCUAUUUCUAGUUUGUCAAAGCGUUUUCAGCUGGUCCUCCUGGCCGAGUACUUUGACCAGUCCCUGAUUCUGCUGAAGGAGCUGCUGUGCUGGACAAUGGAAGAUGUGCUUUAUUUUAAACUCAACACCCGCAGGAGCUCGUCUGUGUCACGACUGACCCCAGACGUCAGAGCCAAAGCUCAAAAGUGGAACGACAUUGAUUGGAAACUGUAUCAGUAUUUUAAUGACACUUUCUGGCAGAAGGUUCGGGCUUAUGGAAUAGAAAGAAUGAAAGAGGAUGUGAACGAGCUGAGGAGGAGAAACGCUGAGAUGAAGUCCGUCUGUAUCGAGGGGGGUCAUGCAGUGGAGGCCCGGAACAUUGAAGACAGACAUUUCAGGCCCUGGCAGCCGCUCGGAGAGUCGUCCAUCCUCGGCUACAACAUGAAAAAAGACAUUGACCCCAAAUACAAGACGAUCUGUAAGAAAAUGCUCACUCCUGAGAUUCAGUACUUGGCUGACCUGGGUGUGAACCUGUGGCUCACCAGACUCUGGGGCUGGAUAAAAGAUUAUUUGAUUUCUACAAAUUUAUAUUAAGAACAAAUAAAAUACAGUUUAGAGCCACAGAGGAACAUGUGGGCCCCAUUUCAACGAGCAGAAUUAACCCUGAAAAGAGGUCAACUGAUGGGCCAAACACAGAUGGGCCAGUCAAUUCAAUUCAUUUAUUUUCUAACGCCCAAAAUCACAACAGUUGUCUGAAGGGCGUUCAUGUUUUGGUUGAUGGGGAAACCGGAGUACCCGGAGGAAACCCAUCCAGACACGAGGAGAAACAUGAAAAACUCCACACAGAAAGGCCUGGGCGACCCGGGGAUCAACCAAACCUUCUGCUGUGAGACAUGAGCCACUCAGCCACCGAGAUAUACACACAAAAACACAACAACACACAAAAACACAACAACACACACAACACACAUCAGUCACUGAUGG